GGCUCGGGUUACCUGCGGCGGGUGGGCGGAGCGGCCUUUCCGGUCUGCGCCGGUCUCCAGUCUCUCGGGGCGGUGGAGCCGGGAAGUGGGAGAGGGAGCGAAGGAGGCGGAGACUGCGGAGCCUCGCCGCCCGGCCGGGCUCCGACGAGAGGGGCUGCAUGGCGCGGCCGGCGCGGCUCUGCGGGCUGUGGGCGCUGUUGCUCUGCGCCGGCGGCGGCGGCGCGGUCGCCGCGCCCACCGAAACCCAGCCACCUGUGACGAAUUUGAGUGUUUCUGUUGAAAACCUCUGCACGGUCAUAUGGACAUGGGAUCCUCCUGAAGGAGCCAGCCCGAAUUGCACCUUAUGGUAUUUUAGUCACUUUGACAACAAGCAGGAUAAGAAAAUUGCUCCUGAAACCCAUCGUUCCAAAGAAGUACCCCUGAACGAGAGGAUUUGUCUGCAAGUGGGGUCCCAGUGCAGCACCAGUGAAAGUGACAAUCCUAGCAUUUUGGUGGAGAAGUGCACCCCGCCCCCGGAAGGUGAUCCCGAGUCCGCUGUGACUGAGCUACAAUGCGUCUGGCACAACCUGAGCUACAUGAAGUGUACUUGGCUCCCUGGGAAGAAUGCAAGUCCCGACACCAACUAUACCCUCUACUACUGGCAUAGCAGCCUGGGAAAAAUUCUUCAGUGUGAAGACAUCUAUAGGGAAGAUCAACACAUCGGUUGUUCCUUUGCUCUGACUAAUUUGAAGGAUUCCAGUUUUGAGCAACACAGUGUCCAAAUAGUGGUCAAGGAUAAUGCAGGAAAAAUUAGACCAUCCUUCAAUAUAGUGCCUUUAACUUCUCAUGUGAAACCUGAUCCCCCACAUAUUAAACGUCUGUUCUUCCAAAAUGGUAACUUGUAUGUGCAGUGGAAGAAUCCACAGAAUUUUUACAGCAGAUGCUUAUCUUAUCAAGUAGAAGUCAAUAACAGCCAAACCGAGACGAAUGAUAUUUUCUACGUUGAAGAGGCCAAAUGUCAGAAUUCAGAAUUUGAGGGAAACCUGGAGGGUACAAUUUGUUUCAUGGUCCCCAGUGUUCUUCCUGAUACUUUGAACACAGUCAGAAUAAGAGUCAGAACAAACAAGUUAUGCUAUGAGGAUGACAAACUCUGGAGUAAUUGGAGUCAAGCGAUGAGUAUAGGUGAGAAUACCGAUCCCACGUUCUACAUAAGCAUGUUGCUUGCCACUCCGGUCAUCGUUGCGGGCGCCAUCAUCGUCCUUCUGCUUUAUCUCAAAAGGCUCAAGAUCAUUAUAUUCCCUCCAAUUCCUGAUCCUGGCAAGAUUUUUAAAGAAAUGUUUGGAGACCAGAACGAUGAUACCCUGCACUGGAAGAAGUACGACAUCUACGAGAAGCAAACCAAAGAAGAGACCGACUCUGUGGUGCUGAUAGAAAACCUGAAGAGAGCCUCUCAGUGACCGGGAUAAUUUAUUUUAACCUUCAGCGUGAGCUUGUGAAGAUUAUCCCAUUCUGCGUUUUGUUAUCUGGGAACUCGUGAAACGGAAACUGAAACCACUGGGCCAUUUGCAAACAGGCAGCUCCGAAGAGCCCCUGCCUUUCUGUUGAGUUGAGCACU